GUAGUCAACUGCCAUUCCUUGAAGUCAAAGGUACUUACUACAUACGAAUUAUUCUUUUUACGUAAUUUUUUUGUAUGCAUUUAAAUUGAUUUGAUCGUUCUUUUUGAAUUUUGGUAGUUCGUGACGUCAGACAAUCCUAAUUGACGAAAAUGGUAACCAACAUUACAUUGAUUCUAACGCUGAUGACCUUGGCCUCGGUGACGGCGCAGACGUUCCAGUACUCCCGCGGAUGGACGAAUGGAAAACGAGACGGUCACAAGCGCGACGAACUGAGAGACGAGGUCUUGGAGAGAAUCCUGACUCCGUGCCAACUGGACAAACUCAAAUACGUGCUUGAAGGGAAACCUCUGAAUGAUAGGCUGUUCGUGCCGUGUGAUUACAUCGAAGAAGAAGUCAAUCAGCCUAAGAGGUACAAAGGGGAACGCAACCAUGAACUAUUCGAUGUUUUUCAAUAAAAAAAUUAAAAUGAAAAAAAAAUUACAAAAAAUAACACGUGCCAAAACAUUUUAAAACGAGAUUAUGUAAUGAAAAUUUGAUUCUUAAUACGUUAUUUAAUUGUAAGUUUUGAUGUAAAGAUUUUUAAUAUAGAGCAAUGCACGUCUCGGCUGGAUUCGUGCAUUGUUUGAUGAUUGAAUUAUAAUCAAAUAAAAGUAACUCAUUUUAUUUACGUGGGAUGGACUCCAUCAGAAUUACCGUCCUGUUUCGUUAACAAAACAUUGAUAAAUUUUUAAUUAAUAAUAUUAUUGGUAAUUGAAAACAAAUAAUUGAAUAUUAAUAUUAAUCCAUUGAAAUAAAAAUGUUGACAACAAUAAUGUAAUCAUAAUGAUUAAAUUAAUAAAUGUAAAAA